AGUUCUUUCAGGUUCUCCGCUUCAACCCUCCCAUACCUGUGUCACUCUCACCAAACAGACUCGCCGGCCGGAAAGACGUCAAGCAUGGACCUAGACGACCUAGAUGGUCCGAACCGGGCUCCUGUGAGGCGGCCCUCGCGUUUCGCACCCAAAUCCUCCAAACCUAAGCUCAUCCCAAAACCAGAACCAUCAUCUCAACCUGAACCAUCCAAGCUCGAUGAUGUAACUCUUAUCAAUAAGAAGGAAGAAGACUCUCAACCUCCGCUGGUCAAGAAAGCUGACGAGUCCUUCGCUUCAUCUACUCAAAACGGCGUUAUCGAGACGGAGGUGGAAGCCAAAGCGGAAGUGGAGGACGCCAUGGAGGAAGACGACCGCGAUGAAGAUCCAGUGGUCCGUGAAAUUGAUGUCUUCUUCACUCCGCCUCCCACUGAUGACAACACUAAGAUAUAUGUUCUGCAGUAUCCUCUAAGACCGUACUGGCGUCCGUACGAAUUGGGCGAAAGAUGUGAUGAGGUUAGGGUGAAACCUGCUAGCGCAGAAGUAGAAGUGGAUUUGUCUAUUGAUGUCGAUUCCAAAAAUUAUGAUCCUGAUGCUCCUAAUGCGCAGAGGAUGAAGAAGCAGACUUUGUCGACUUCAUGGAAACCACCUCAAACAACUGGCUAUGUCGUAGGAGUUUUGAUGGGGAAUAAGCUACACCUGAACCCUAUUCAUGCAGUGGUGCAGCUCCGGCCAUCAAUGGAAUAUCUCAGUUCUGGUGGUGCAAAAAGAAAGAACAAUGUUACAGGCGACACAAACAGUGCAGUUAAGCUAGAGGUUUCUAAUGAAGGAGAAUCUGUUGGGUCAUUGAAGAAACAGAACAAGAUAAUGGGAAUUUUGGAUGAGCAAAACACAGAUGCUGCAGAGAGUUGGGUUCCACUCAAGUACCAUAGCUCGGAGAGUGAUUUCUCAGCAAGAUAUCUACAAAAAAUGGUGGCAGAAGACAACUCUCCUAUCCAGUUUUUAAUGAGCCCGUAUGAAUAUGUCAACUCCUUGUGUCCCCCCGGAGUGUCUAAUGAUGAUAACAGAUCAAAAGGUCUUUCAAGAAGGUUCUUACUUUCAAUGCCUCUGGAAGAACGUUUUAAGACAUUGCUUUGUGAGAAAUUUUCUUUGCAGGGGCCUCCAGUUCAUCGAUUCAGUGCUCUUAAGCACUUCGCUCCUGAUAACUCUGUUGAAGAUGUUCUAGGAGUCCUUACGAAACAUGCUCAUUUAGUGCAAGGACUGUGGGUUCCAAAGAGUUCAUUGUUAUUUCCUGGAGGUCAAGGUGUUGCACCAUUAGCUAGAGAUUACAUUCUUCUUUUAUUUAGCAAGGGUCCUUUAAUCAACUAUUCUCAAGUAGACGUUCCAGGAUCUCUUAAUAAAGCUCUGAAGGGCUUUCUGAGUAUAUUAGCUGUCGAAAGACCUUCCUUUAGGGAUUGGAAGUUUAAAGAGCCUACAGAUGUGUCAUUUAUGAAACUGCAUCCAGACAUUGUUAGGGAGCAAAGACGAGUUUGGGAAAGUCUGGAAAAACAGAUAACUGAUAUUAUUCAUGGAGGUGGAAGGAGAGGUCCUGUCACAAAGAAUUCUGGGAAGCCUAGCAUUGCAAAUAAAACUGGAACGUCAACAAAAUCUGAUGGAGCAACAAGAGCUACAAAUGGAACCCCUGUCAGGAGAACAGCCAUGUCAGCCGAAACUCGAGAAGCUCUACCAAAAGCUCUGGAAGAAGUUUUUAGAUUGCACAAGGUUUGCAGCUUCCAACUGAUUUGCCAAGCUUUGCGGGAUUUGGCGGUUUCAAAGUCUACUAGCCCAAAGGUGGAUCCUAGGACAUUUGUGGCUGCAGCAUAUGGUGCUGAUGCUCCUCAAGAGGAGUUGCAUGCAAUUAUAAGUAAAUAUGCAACAAAUGUACAUGGUGUUUAUGUUUGGAAGACUUCCGAACAUUCAGAACACAAUCCAUUAAGGAAAGUUGUCGUUGAUCUUUUUUGUGGAAAAGAACCUAAUGCUAAGCUUAAGAGGGCUGAUAUCAUGGAAGCUGCCAAGAUUGCGCUUAAAAAAGAGAUCACCACCCAUGAAUAUAACAAGGUUGUAAGUGAAUUAUGUGAAUCCAGGGGCUCUCUGUGGGUUUUGAAAAGCGGUGAUGGAAAGCCAAAAUGAUUCUCUUGUGCAGUUUUCUAUAUUGAUUACAAUUAUUGUUGUAAGGCUUUUGAAGCAUGCACACACAGGGGAUGCAUGCACUCCAUGAUUGAAUAAGACUUGGAAUGAUCACAACUCCAUGCCAACUGGGAAAAAGUGUAUAGUAUGAAGAGGAAUCGGAAGUUGCAGGUGAAGUUCUCGGCAGCUCUUUUUCAGCUGGGGCAGUUUUGUGGAAACUGGUUAGUAAAGUAGGAGAUAUCGCUGGUAACAUUGUGUGUUUUUCUUAGCAUUAGGCUUCCCUCAGAGAUUGCUAAUUGCGAGAAUUCGCCUUGAUAGUGAUAACAUCAUUACUUAUGUUGACGAUGUUGUUGUUUUUUUCCGUUAUUUUCCUUAAUAGUCGUUACUCUUAAAUCAGAAAUCCAAAUGCCAAUAAUCAUUUCCUUGGCCGUCGAUGCUUUUAGCUCGGCGCUAUAUUUGGAACACAAAGUUCAUUUCUAGGUGGAGUGGGAGUCACGGCAUGUUCAGUUUGUUUUAGUGACGACUUUGAUUGACCCAUGCUUCCACUGACUACGUAUCCGUCAUGGAAUUAGACUCUAAUGCUGAAUCUUAAUCUAUUAUAUGCUUUUUGUUCCAAAAAUAUUACAAAAUGUAAUUUCUAUUUUCAAUUCAUCCAAAUGGAAGACUCUCUGCCUUCUUGCUUA